AUGAAAGCUCUAAUGGCGCUGGGAGAGUUUGCAGGUCAGGUGAUUGUGGUAGCUUUUGACCUAGACAAACCGCAGAUUAAUGAUUAUGUCAGAGUCCAGGAUUCAGAAGCGUUGUUAUCCCUGCAAAGGCUAACGCACGAGCGUGAAGUGUGUCCUAUCCUGAGAAUGCAGAACGCGAAGAAGGCAGAGGCGGCUGUAGUGUCGACAGGGGAUAUGAAAAGGGCUGAGAAAAAGAUUCUUGAGGAUGACCCGCUAUUUGGAGUGGUAGCAGAGUCACAGGUGGGAACUUUGCUAGGUACUAGUAGAGAGAAAAUUGCCCCCGAAAUUCUUGAAGGGAUGAGGCAGUAUCUUACAGUGGUAGAGGGUCCUGAGAAGGUAGCUCGCAAGGAAAGAAUCAAGAGAUCUUUGAUGGAUUUGGAGAAUGAUCCACUGGGCCAGAAGACGUUUCUGAGACUAGAACCAGCUCAUAUCGUCACUACCAAGCUGGAUAAACAAAAAGGUUUUACGGGUUAUGGGCUUUGUGUCUCUGACAUAAGCUCUUCCGGGACCAAAAUGAAAAGCUCCACACCGAGGAAGAGACCUGGAACUUACAAGAGAAAGGUGCAAGCAAAGAACAAAAAGAAUGCUUCCAAAGUGGAAGGGAAGCAAGUGAUGGAGGAAAAAGCUGGUGAUGGAAAGAGGAAGGCAAAGGAUGAUGUGGAGACAUCUCAACAUUCUGCUUGGUUAAAGAAACCAGAGGUGGUCCCAAGUGAGGGACCGUCCAAUAUUUAA